UACAUAAACAGAUAAACAGAUAACAUAAACAGAUAAUAUAUCCCAAGUGGGUUUAAACGAAGCGAGAUCUCGAUUGACAUGUUCAAUACAGUGUUUGUUUAUGUCGAGACAGAAUGACUUCAUUGAAGGAUAAAGUUGUAAUUAUUACAGGAGCUAGUUCUGGAAUUGGUGAGGCAACAGCAUUGUUGUUGGCAUCACUCGAUGUAAAAUUAGUUUUAGCGGCAAGAAAUGAGGAAAGGUUGAAUGCUGUUUCAAAGGAAUGUCAGACCAAAGGAUUAUCUGCUGAAAAGGUUCUAGUUGUAAAAUGCGAUGUCGUUAAGCCAGACGAUUUAAAUAAGCUGAUACAAUUAACCCUAUCUACCUUUGGACAUAUUGAUGCGUUGGUGAACAAUGCUGGUAGUGGAAAUUAUAAAAAGAUGAUGGAAACAACGCCAGAAAUAUUAGAAAGUAUUCUUGAUAUUAAUGUUAAAGCACCAUUUAACCUGUCACAAAAAUGUGCACCUCAUCUUAUCAAGACACAAGGUAGCAUAGUUAACGUGUCAAGCAUAUCUGGGCAAAGACCGAUUGGAGUAUGUCCAGCUUACUGUAUGUCCAAAGCAGCGCUUGACAUGUUUACAAAGUGUUUAGCCUUAGAUCUUGCACCUCACAAAGUAAGAGUUAAUUCAGUGAAUCCAGGUGUUAUAAUUACGGAUUUUCAGAGGCGUGCUGGUAUGUCAGAGGAAAAUUAUGCAAAAUAUUUAGAGAGGCAAAAGGAACUUCAACCACUUGGAGGUGCAGCUGAGCCAAUAGAAGUUGCUAAAACUAUCAAAUUUUUAUUGAGUGAUGACUCCUCAUUUGUUACUGGACAACUUUUGUUUGUGGAUGGAGGACGACAUUGCUUGUCUCCAGUAUAAAGACUCUAAAUAUACUAUCAGAAUCUUACAAAUAUAACUUAAAAUAUUGAUAUAUUGUUUGCUGUUGCUAUUUCUUACCCAAAUAUUUUCUAAUAAUUAUUGAAAUAAAAGAGUACACACAA